UUGCAGUCAAAAAUUCCCGCGUCCAGUAUCAGCCGAAAAACGGAACCGGAAGUGAACACACACUUCCGUGUUCCAUUCAAUCGUGCGUUCCAGCAAGUGAAAUCAAGAUGUCUAUUGACAGAGCCCUCUGGUGGUCGCCAGGGGUACAAUCCCAAGUAG